AUGGCUCGCGCUCAGCUGGUGGCCGUCCCCCUCGCCGCCGCGGCGCUGGCGCUGCUCGCCGCCGCGGCGUCCUCCUCCGAGGCCGCCGCCUCCUUCACCUGCGCCCAGGUCCUCUCCGCCAUGUCCCCCUGCUUCGCCUACGCCCGCGGCGACGGCCCCAUCGGCCAGUGCUGCGGCGGCGUCAGGAGCCUCGACUCCGCCGCCAGGACCCCCGCCGACAGGCGCUUCGCCUGCGGCUGCCUCAAGUCUGCCGCCGCCAGGGUCAGCGGGCUCAACGCCGCCACCGCCGCCAAGAUCCCGUCCAGGUGCGCCGUCGACAUCCCCACCAUCAGCCCGUCCAUCGACUGCUCCAGGGUGAGCUGAACGACAGCCGGAUCCAUCCUAUCAUCGCGCCGGACCCUGCCUCCGCCGUCGCUACGUAUCUAGCUAAUGAUCAGUUACUCAUGAUGCAUAAAAUCUGUCCGG